AUAAGUUCUGAUUGGUAACACUGCUCUGCUAUUCAGCAUGUAAACAUGGCGGUGACCGUGAUCGUUCUUGUUUAAUGUGAAACAAGUGAUUUUUGUAAUACAAUAUUGAAAUAAUUAACUAUAAGUUGCUGAAUUACACUUCAAUAUGGGAAAUGCUGACACAAAGUUAAACUUUCGUAAAGCAGUCGUUCAAUUGACAUCGAAAACGCAGGUGAUCGAUGCUGCAGAUGAUACGUUCUGGGAUCAAUUUUGGUCUGAAAAUGUAACCAAUGUUCAAGAUAUAUUUACCUUAAUUCCUGCACCUGAAAUUCGUAUAUUAAGAGAAGAAGCACCAUGCAAUUUAGCUACAUUAUGUUACAAAGCGGUUGAGAAAUUAGUAAAAGCUGUUGACAACAGUUGUAGAACACAGAGAGAACAGCAAACCGUUUUAAAUUGUUGCCGCUUAUUAACAAGAUUAUUGCCAUACAUUUUUGAGGAUCCCGAUUGGAAAGGAUUCUUUUGGUCUAGCUUGCCUGGUAAAGAAGAUGAAGAGAGCGUUCCAUUGGCACAUUCAUUACUUAAUGCGCUUUGUGAUUUGUUGUUUUGUCCUGACUUCACAGUAGCUACAAAUAGAAAGUCUGGACCUGAUAAAGCAGAGGAACUGCAAUCUAUAGAUAGUUGUGAAUAUAUUUGGGAAGCUGGUGUUGGGUUUGCCCAUUCACCUCCAAGAUAUCCAAUUUUGGACUCGAAUAGAACAGAGUUAUUGAAAUUGUUACUGACAUGCUUCAGUGAAACCAUGUACAAUCCUCCCAUGGAUCUAUCUAUUACACCCAAUAGAUGGAUUCAGCAUUUAACUAGUACUGAAAAUAGGCAUGCUUUACCUAUGUUCACAUCACUGCUGAACACAGUGUGUGCCUAUGAUCCUGUUGGACUUGGAGUACCGUACAAUCAUUUAUUAUUUACUGACUCUUUGGAACCUCUUGUGGACGUUGCAUUACAAAUUCUUAUAGUAACAUUAGACCAUGACACUAGCGGUGGUGCUCCAUUAGAAGAAGGAACCUUGGGAGAUAAUUUAUUUAUUAAUUAUUUAAGUCGUAUUCAUAGAGAUGAAGAUUUUCAGUUCGUACUGAAAGGUAUUACGAGAUUACUGAAUAAUCCGUUGAUGCAAACAUACCUACCAAACUCAACCAAAAAAGUACACUUUCAUCAAGAAUUAUUGGUAUUUUUUUGGAAGAUGUGUGAUUAUAAUAAGAAAUUUUUAUAUUAUGUAUUGAAAAGCUCGGACGUCCUUGAAGUAUUGGUACCUAUAUUGUACCAUUUAAAUGAUUCGCGUGCGGAUCAGUCUCGAGUUGGAUUAAUGCACAUUGGUGUGUUUAUUUUACUUCUGCUGAGCGGAGAGCGCAACUUCGGUGUCAGAUUAAAUAAGCCGUACACCGCCACAGUACCGAUGGACAUUCCAGUUUUUACAGGUACACACGCUGACUUGCUGGUUACCGUUUUUUAUAAGAUAAUCACAACUGGCCAUCAAAGAUUGCAGCCCUUAUUUGACUGUUUACUAACAAUUCUAGUCAAUGUUUCCCCAUACCUUAAGACACUGUCGAUGGUAGCUAGCACGAAAUUACUGCAUUUACUCGAAGCAUUUAGUACACCAUGGUUUUUAUUCUCAGCGCCUACUAAUCAUCAUUUAGUAUUCUUUCUCCUUGAAAUUUUUAAUAAUAUAAUCCAGUACCAAUUCGAUGGCAACAGUAAUUUGGUAUACACAAUAAUACGGAAGAGACAAGUGUUUCAUGCAUUAGCAAAUUUACCGAGCGAUUGUAACACAAUUGCAAAAUCUCUCAGCAAGAGACAACGUCGACACGUGCCAGCCAGUACAUCUAGUGAAAAUGUGAAUGAAGCAGCAAUGGAAGGAUCUCAUCCUGCUCAGCCUGCAGAGCCUGGAACAUUGAAAGCAUCUUUGUUGGAAACUCCAGGCAUUGAGAAAAUGACGGAGAAAGAGUCUGCGCAUCCGCUAAGUCCAUCGGUGAGCGUCGAAGUAGCAAAACCUAAUCAUCAGAGUAAUGCAGAUAGUUCAGAGGAUUUAACGGCUACUGUCAAAACUUCUGUUAUACCAAAAGGAGGCAUUAGAGUUUCAGAACACACAAAUGCGUCUAACAGUAUAAACCAGUGGGUCCCUUCCAGCGAAUGGGUGUACCAGUGGAAAAGUAAACUUCCGUUGCAAACUAUUAUGAGACUACUUCAAGUUCUUGUACCUCAAGUUGAAAAAAUAUGUAUCGACAAAGGCCUAACGGAUGAAAGUGAGAUUUUGAAAUUUCUACAACACGGCACUUUAGUUGGAUUGUUACCAGUACCACACCCCAUCCUCAUUAGACGAUACCAACCAAACGCAGGCACAACUGCUUGGUUCAGAACGUACAUGUGGGGCGUUAUAUACUUGCGAAACGUUGAGCCACCGAUUUGGUAUGAUACUGACGUAAAGUUGUUUGAAAUUCAGAGAGUCUAAACGCGGCGUAUACUAGUGAGCAAAUCAUGAUUAGCUUUAGCACUGGAAUUUCUAUACUACUCAGUCAUAAUAUAUUGUACCUACGAAAAACUACAUCUUAUUAAUAGCCAUUACAAGUUGCACCAAGUAAUAACAAAAUUUACUAUUUUUGUUAAUAAUGUAACAAAUUUUUACAAUCGUAGCCUUUUUUAUGAUUCUAUUACACAGAGUUACAGAACUAAUUUUACGGAGAUCGUUCGUUAAGAAAUAAUAAUAAUAAUAAAUAAUAAAGUAGUUUCGACAUUCCGAAUUGUCACUGAUCGAUGCAUGGAUAUUUGCAACUAUGCCAGUGCCUUUACAGACGUAUAAUCGAUUGUUUGUUCAAUCAAAUAUAAAAGAAUUAUUUAUUGAAUGAUUAAUCAUUAUUUCAAACUAGCUGUUUAUAUUUUGUCAAUUCUGAUAGUUUAAUAAGUAUUGCUUUAACGAUCCGUUAAUGUUUUCCUAAUCAUAUUUAUUAAGAAUGUAUAAGCUUGUAAAAUACUAGUUUUGUAUAUCUGUGUAGUAGCAACCAAGUUUUAAGACGUAAUUCUAAAUUGAUGAAUCGUGCAAUUUGGAGUAAUUCUUCCCUUUCAGUGAUAUAAGGAUCAUUGUAAACUCUAAGUCAUUGAAAAAAAAAUCUCCGAAAAAAAGACUUCUCUUUGCUACAUAGAAGAUAGUUCUAUUACUAUUUUACCAAAUCUCGGUAAAAGAUUCAGAAUUAUUCAUUUCUUUAAGUACAAAAGAAUGAGAGGAAUCUAUACAUAUAUUGUAAAUGCACCAAUAAUUUUAAAAAAAUGUUAAUCUUACACCACAUUUCAAACUAAAGAGAUAAAAGAUAAUAUUUCCAUUUACAUUACUUUAUAGUAUGUAAUGUGUUUGUUGUCAGCGUAAUGCUAAUCUCAUUUUAUUAAAAUUUUUUCAUACAUUUAUACGUACCAUAUCUGUAACUUCAAGAUAUCCAAACUUUGUAUCAUUUUAAGACGAAAUGGAAUUAAGUGAUAAAAUUUUAAACAUACAAAAAAAAUUAUGUUUAUUACAUAAACAUCUCAUUUGCAACAAACUGUUAUUCUUGAUACCCGCAUUCGUACAGACGAUUAACGAAAUGCAAUGACAAACAGUUUGCGUUGUGCACUUUUGUACAAUAAUUUUAUUUACGUAUUGGUGCAGUUACUCUAUUUUUUAUGCAUGUUAAUAAAGAUGCGUGUUUUUUAAAAUAUGUAAAUCUCGUAAUGAAACGAUAUUUAAGCAUGUUAUGUAUACAAAACUGAGCACUUACAUUUAAUUGUCACGCGAUAGCGUAGCAUAGAAAUUUGUAUCACGUUUGGUACUCUAAAGGAAAAUAACAAAGGGAAAACGAGUCGAUACUUUUCUUAUUUCAGGCUAUAUUUCGAAGUGCAAAUGUAUAGCUUGGAAUUCGUUGUUAAUUAGAAAUAUGAGGAUAUUCUAUACGAUGAGAUAUAUUAUAUAAAUUUGUUUUAAAAAACAAAAAGCAAAGUUACUAUGUAAACUAAUGAUUUAUGUGUGCAUAUAAACUUUUGGCGUUGUCAAAAGAAAUUGAAUACAAUAAUAUGUAUUAGUUGGGUUUCGUGUCAUGGUCGAAAGAUUUCAGAGACUGGCAAAGAUGUAUGUGUGCUUGUGGCGCGCGGUAUGUAUGUACACUCAUACAAUGUAUAUGUGUAUGAUUAAAUAGUAUAAAACACGACUAAUACUUAGCUUAUACUUUUAUUAAUUAUUACACCAUAAAAGUUAUUAUUUCAUCCACAUUAUAGCACUGAAUACUUUUACACUUUAUGGAAAAAGUGAGCAG